CCUGGUAUUUAUGGCCCGGGCUUUGGGCAGCCGCGGGGGUGUCAGGAAACUGUGCGGGGCAGCGGAUGAGGCGCUGCGGCGGUGGCUCAGGGCACCUCCCCCCCGGCUUCCCAAACCCUGCCAGGUACCACCCACGGGGGAGGAUGGAAACAUCCGCCGCGCUCUGAGCCGCUCAGGAAGGUAACAGCCUUCCCGCCAAGUCACCCGAGGUCCUGCGUAGGCCACCGACUCGUCCCCUCCACGCCUCCAUCUCUCAGAGCGGGGCCGAGCGGAAAAGCGAGCGAUGGCGGAAAACCUGAGGAAACUAGUCUCCAGCGAAUCCUUACGACCGAUGCAGGACAAGCUGGAGCUCUGGCUGAGGGAGUACAACAGAAACUCAUAUGAUCAAAAUUUAAGUCUUUGCCUCGAAUUCAUCGAACAAGUUGCUAAAGUGCAGGGACAACUCUUUGGAAUCCUCACUGCAAUAGCGCAAGAAGGAGGACGUUAUGAUAAUGUGGAAGUAAUCAAAUCACGCCUUUUGCCUUGGCUGGAGGCCUCCUUUACUGCUUCUCCCCUGGGAAGACCUGUUAUCAGCAAGGCCCCCUCUCCACAGGACACGUUUGAUAAGGAGAAACAGAAAGAGUCUGGUGCUCGGAAUUGGGCUAUACAACAAUUAGCCUCUGAGCUGAACUCAGCUCCUAAUCAAGUCAAUCAGGUUCAAGACGAGGUGGCUGAAACUGAAAAGAAUCUUGAAGAAACCAAGAACAGAUCGACCAUGUCCCUUUUGGCUGCAGAGGAGGAAAUAAGUCAGCUAAGAAAUCAGCUUAAAACUCUUCAAGCCCAGGAGGAGGCCCGUAACAAGAACUCAGAGCAAAGAGGCUUGGCGCGUAAGAGCACAGAGCAGCGGGGUGUAGAGUUUAGGAGCCCUGAUCAGAGAAGCUCAGAGCCUAGCAGCCUGGAUCAGAGAAGCUCGGAGCCUAGGAGCCUGGAUCAGAGAAGCUCGGAGCCUAGCAGCCUGGAUCAGAGAAGCUUGGAGCCUAGGAGCCUGGAUCAGAGAAGCUUGGAGCCUAGGAGCCUGGAUCAGAGAGGCUUGGUGCCUAGGAGCCUGAAUCAGAGAAGCUCAGAGCCUAGAAGCUCGGAGCCUAGAAGCUUGGAACCUAGGAGCCCAGAUCAGAGAAGCUGGGAGCCUAGAAGCUCGGAGCAUAGAAGCUUGGAGCCUAGGAGCCCAGAUCAGAGAAGCUGGGAGCCUAGAAGCUCGGAGCAUAGAAGCUUGGAGCCUAGAAGCUCGGAGCAUAGAAACUUGGAGCCUAGAAGCUCGGAGCAGAGGAGAUCUGAGCAGCAGGGCAUCCACAAGAGCAGCUCAGAUAAGCAGAACGCAGAAGAGAUACGUAAUUAUGAGAAACAGGUCCAAACGCUGAAGGACGAGAUCGCUGCUCUGUGUGCUGAAAAAUCUGCUCUCCAAGGAAGGUCCACCAGGAACCGGUCUCCUAGCCCUGUCCCUCGUAGCCGCAGCCGUAGCCGCAGCCGCAGCCGCAGCCGCAGCCGCAGCCGCAGCCAGAGCCGCAGCCGCAGCCCCAGACACAGCCGGUCAGGCAGCCCCUCCACCGCAAUGGUGAAGAUCAGGACCCCUUCUCCGAAUCGCGCCCGACUGUCCAGUGUGGCGCGCAAGGCUGCCCUCCUGUCUCGGUUCAACAAUGCCUAUUCCCAGGCCCGCCUGGAUGCCCAGUCCCUGUUACGGCGCUGCAUCAACGAAGCUGAGACCGUGCAGCAGAUCAUUUACAUCGCCACAGUGGAGGCAUUCCAUGUAGCUAAAAUAGCAUUCAGACAUUUCAAGACCCGUGUGAGGAAAUCAUUGACAUCGUCUUAUGGGAGGUCGAAUGACUUUGAGGAUGCUGUCUCGGAUUAUAUUAUUUGUCAUCUUGAUCUGUAUGAUUCCCAAAGCAGUGUAAACGAUGUGAUCCGAGCCAUGAAUGUCAACCCCAAGAUUUCAUUCCCUCCGGAAGUUGACUUUUGCCUCCUCAGUAACUUCAUCCAAGAGAUAUGCUGCAUUGCCUUUGCAAUGCAGACUCUAGAACCACCCUUAGAUAUUGCAUUUGGAGCUGAUGGAGAAAUUUUUAAUGAUUCCAUGUACCGGCGCAGCUAUGACUCCGAUUUCACUGCUCCCUUGGUCUUCUAUCAUGUGUGGCCUGCUCUCAUAGAGAAUGACACUGUCAUCAUGAAGGGAGAAGCUGUCACCAAGAGAGGGGCUUUUUGGAAUUCGGUACGGUCCAUAACUCGAUGUCGAAGCAGAAGUUUAAGUCCCAUCUGCCUCCGUAGCCAUAUUGGUUUAAGCACGAUAUCUCAAAGUCGAAGUCCUUCUCCAGUAAGAUAUGAAUUGCCAAGGUUUUAAAGCCACCAGACAUGUUCCUUUGCCACCACACAUCUGCAACAGCCAAGCUCCUCAGCGCCUCCACCUGCCUGCAGUGUCUGCCUCAGACCUCGCUUAAGAUACUGUGAAAAGGCAAUUCUGUGUACCACUCCACAAAUAUAGAGUUAAAUGUUUUGGCUUAACGCAUUUGUAACUUCAGAUAUACUGCAUUUUAUUUCAUGUUAUAGUUACAAAUUCCAUUAAUUUGAUAAAAACUCUUGCCUAGGUGUUUAGGAUCAUAUUCAUUUGAAGCAGAGUCUAUUAUGAAGGUUCAGGAUUUUCAUCCUGAAGUACUAGGCUCUUUAAUAGGAACUACAUGAACAAAAAAGGAAAACCAUUACCAUACUGAGUCCAAAAGACAGGAGGAGUCGUUUUAGUUUACAAAUUGAUCAUAAGUAUUAUAAUUGUUUGAAAACAAUAUUGCUGUUUUCAUUUUCUUUUAAGGUUUGGAAGGCAGCCCUAAUCUCAGGUUGGGAAACUCCUAGCAGUUGCAUUGACUUCAGGCUAAAUGUAGAUGGUGAUGAUUUAAGAGACUAUAUAGUUAUUGGUUUGCUUUUCUUUUUCUACUUUGAGUACCCAGUUUGGUUUAACUGAGUGCUGUAUGUCAAAGCUACUUAAGAUAAUUUUCUUGCUUAAUAAAUGCAGAGCAAUGAUUUGGAUAGAAGCCAGCUUUGAGAUAAAUGUUAAUUACCUAGUGUUUAUCUCCUGGGAAUGUUUCACAUGGUUUUAAUGUAUGUGUUAUAUAGAAAAGCUACAUGGGAGCAGAUCCAAGAUGGUGGAGUACAUCAAUGCUGUGCUUGCUUCAUUCCGUGAGAACAUCAAAAUUACACCUAAAAUAUAGAACAGUCAACCUGGAGAAUCAUCUGAAGUCUAGUUAAACAGAAGUUGUGUAACUAAGGAUAUAAAGGAGAAGCCAUGUAGAGACUGGUAGGAGGGGCAGAGACAUGAAACAGCCUGGCCCCAAACCUCCUUGGGGUGGUCGAACACUGGGAGGGAUAUCUCGGCCACAGAGGUUCCACCUGGAGGACUAAGGGACCCCAGCCCCAUACCAGGCUCCCCAGCCCAGAGUACUGGUGCCGGGAAAAGAGCCCUGACAACACGGGCUGGGAAAAACGGGGGAUUCUGACCGUCUGGGAUGAAAGUCUGUGGGAAACCCAGAGGUCCUCUUAAAAGGCCCAUGCACAGACUCACUUGCUUGCAGGCACUCAAUCUGGGCUCUGGUGGAGGCACAGUGACUCCAGGGGCAUCAGUGAUAUACAGGGAAAGACUGAAUUGUGUGGCUCCUGGGUGAGGACUGGAGGGAUAAUUGCCAUUUCCCUUGUGUGGGGUCUUCUUCCCAAGCAGCUAGCAGGCAGCUUCUUUUCUGUGUUGAGCCCUCCCCCAUGCCUAUGGCCAAAUCUGAAUCUGAAUUGGUCUGGUGAUCUCUGUUGCUCCA